AUGGCUGUUCUCCGGCUGUCGUUGCUACUGCAAGUGGGAUUUGUGAUCGGAUCAAACCAUAAAUACGCGGAAUGGUCAGCGCAUGGGGAAGAUGUGAGAGCACGGGAGGCGGUUUACGGCGCUCAGACGCACCGUCGGCAGCUGGCGCAUCUCCGUGCGCCUCAGCCUCCUCCGGGGGAGACGCCGGAGAACCUAGAGGAGCUUCUCCCCAGGGUGGUCACCGCUUUUCUUCACACGGGGGACUCGACCACCUUAAAGCACGCCAACUGCUCGCGGAGGUACGAGCUCACCUCUCUGCGGGGAAGGUCAGAAUCAACCCCGCAUCAGUCCAUGAGCAGCGUGUUGGAUACGGUGCUGCACGCCACAAACUUCCUCAACAUGAUCCUGCAAGCCAACAGGUCCAGGGAGCAGAGUCUCCGGCGAGACAUUGAGUGGUACCAUGCCUUAGUCAGGAGUAUUCUGGAGGGAGACGCCAAGAUCCACCGGGCUGUGGUCACUUUUAGCGCGGAUUCGUCUGUGGAGGGGCCCUCGGUGCUUCUCCAGGCCACCAGGUCCGGUGGGGAGAUAGUUCUCCAUGACCUCUCCAGCAUGGCACACCACCAUCUGCACAACCGCACAGCAGACACAGAGUGGUACCACGGUGUCAAAGACAUGAAGAAGCCCAAUUUCCACAAGAGGGUGAUGAGUCAAGAUUUUAAAUCACUGGACAAUUCUCUAAAAAGGGGAGAGAGUUUUAUCCCGGACAAGGCACAUGUCAAAUGGUCUGCGCCCUACCUGGAGUGUGAACAUGGGUAUUUUGUUCCCCGCUGGCUUUUGACCUUAUCGGCUGCUUUCUAUGGCCUGAAGCCCAACCUGGCUCCUGAAUUCAGGGGCGUGGUGAGAGUGGACAUUAAUCUACAGGAUGUUGAUAUCGACCAGUGCUCUACUGACGGCUGGUUUGCUGGAAGCCAUCGAUGCAACCUGACCACUAUGGAGUGUUUGCCUCACCAUGGUCAUGGAUUUGUCUUGGACAAGUACACGUGCCAGUGCAAGAAAGGAUUCUUCCAUCCCAACAGAGUGGCUGUCAACGGCUUUACACGGAUGGGACGAAAGGGAAAAGCUGCAGAGAGCGGUCCCAAUGCAGACGAGGGGUCUUCCAGCGACUGUCUGCCAUGCCAGCAGGGCUGCGCAUUCUGCAAGGACGACACCCCCUGCGUGGCCCGAGAGGACGGCCCCCUCCGCCUGGCCAUGCUCUCCUUCCAGUGCCUCUGCAUGCUCAUAGUCUUCAUCAGCAUGAUACUCGUCUACCACUUUCGCAGGAACAAGAGUAUCAGAGCAUCAGGUCUAGUCCUACUGGAGGCCAUUCUGUGUGGAACUCUGCUUCUCUACUUUCCGGUUGGGAUUCUCUACUUCCAGCCAAGUGUUUUCCGCUGCAUCCUGCUGCGAUGGGUCCGCCUGCUGGGUUUUGCUACCGUCUACGGGACACUGACUCUUAAGUUGUACAGGGUGUUGAAGGUGUUCCUGUCCCGUACUGCUCAGAGGAUCCCCUACAUGACUAGCUGGCGAGUGUUGCGUCUGCUGGGCAUCAUCCUACUCAUCGUCUGCUGGUUCCUGGUGGCUUGGACAUCUGCUGUCUGUCAGAACCCGGACAGGAAGUUGGCUCUCAUCGACGUGGGCUACACGCCCGAUGGGCUGCAGUUCAGCAUGUGCCUGCUGGAUCGUUGGGACUACAUGAUGGCUGUCGCUGAGUUCCUCUUCCUGCUGUGGGCAGUAUAUCUGUGUUACGCUGUGAGGACGGUGCCGUCUGCAUUCCACGAACCUCGCUACAUGGCCAUCGCUGUUCACAACGAACUUGUCCUGACGGCAAUAUUCUAUGUCAUCAGGUUCACUCUAGCUCCAGAGCUCCAUCCAGACUGGAUGCUGUUACUGUUCUUCACCCACACACACUUAACUGUUACAGUAACACUGGGUCUGCUACUCAUCCCAAAGUUCCUGUUUGCUGGCACCCACAUGAGAGAUGAUAUAGCCUCCGAGGCGUAUGAGGACGAGCUGGACAUGGGUCGUUCGGGGUCGUAUCUGAACAGCAGCAUAACAUCGGCAUGGAGCGAACAUAGUCUUGAUCCUGAAGACAUCCGGACACCAGACGAAAUGGGCCAUCUCAGUUCUAUUAAUGGCUGUGGCGUAAGGUCUUGCGACAGUCAUUGGGAAAAACGUACCAACGAGGAGUUGAAGAAACUCUACUCCCAGCUGGAGAUUUACAAGAGGAAAAAGAUGUUAGCAAACAACCCUCAUCUCCAGAAGAAGCGUAGUUCCAAAAAAGGGUUGGGUCGUUCGCUGAUGAGACGCAUAACUGAGAUUCCGGAAUCGGUGCACCGGCAGUGCAGCCGUGAAGACAAGGAUUCUGGAGAACAUGGGAGCAACCGUAACAGCAUUUGCAUGUUGAAGAAGAACCCCUUUGAUCAGACUCAUCCAGGAAAGCCGGCAAAGGAGGAGACGCUUAAGAACAAGGUUUUCUCCCUCAAGAAGUCCCACAGCAGUUACGACCAUGUCCGUGACCAGAGUGAAGACUCCAGCAGCUCAGCAACAGACAAGAUGGAGGUUACUCCGACUGAAGGCUCUCUCCUGGACACACUUAUGGGCAAGAAGCUGGUCAAGAAGAAGUCCAGUGAGAAUGUAGGGGUCACCAGUGAAUCUACAGAAUCGGUUCCUUUGGUCUGCAAGUCAGCUAGCGCCCAUAACCUCAGCGCAGACAAGAAACCGAUUCAUCCCAGAGCCUCCAUGCUUCAGAAGUCCCUCAGUGUCAUCGCCAGUGCCAAAGAGAAGACUUUGGGCUUGACAGGAAAGACCCAGAGCGCAGAGGACAGCAAUAAGAAGAGUCAGCCAAAGAGCAAAGAGACGAGGGCCAAUGCAGAUCCGGAAAAUGAAUUCCAACCCAAGAUGAUUAUCAGCCAGUCAGUUGAGUGCAAACAGACUGCAUCAUUGGGCAGGAUCAUGAAACAGCCAGUGAGCGGUAGCCAGCCUACAAUCUGUUCUGAUCCAAUCACGGGAAAAGACCUCUAUGAUCUCUCAGAGGUUUGUCCCUGGGAACUGGAGGAUCUCCCAAUGCCGUCUGAAAACAAGGUCCAAAAGCAUGUAUCUAUCGCGCCAGAUGAAACCACAACUGUUCACGGAGGUAGCACCAAGGGAGGAAAAUCUCUGCAGCAGAAACAGAAAGCUUCUGAUCAACCUCCAUCGAGUGGCAUUCAUUCAAAGGAAAUUCCAAAGACGACCGCUGUACGAGCAGAGAUAUGUCCAUGGGAAGAUGGAGGUGAAAGUCAAGGUGGUCAAGUAGAAUGCUCAAAUCCACAAACAAACAUUCAGGCAAGCAAACUUGAUCAGACCCAACCGCCUCAUUCAACAGAGAGUUCCAAAACACAUCGGGUAGACGUUUGUCCAUGGGACUUUGAAGAGGCCCAAAAGAAAACUGAGUCAGCUUUUUCUCCAGAUGUAACAACACAAAGAAAAGGCACCUCUCCUGUGGAAGGUAAAAGAAGAAGUACUCUUUUAGAUCCAUCCAAAACAGGAGACUCACUGCAGCCACUAUCUGCAAAAGCAGAUGUCUGUCCCUGGGACUAUGAAAGCACUGCAGUAUCUCCAAGUUCUGAGAGGACACCCAGUCCCUCUCAAGCAUCCAAAACUAAGGAAUCCCCAUCAAAAAAGAAGGGUACCCCUUCCACAAGAACAGUUGAGAAAGAGAAAUCAAAAGACGCUGAUAUUGAGAAAAGUAGAACAAAAGCUAAGGACAAGAGUAAAUCUUCAGAGAAACAAAUAAGCCAACAAAGAAUGGCUGCGGUAUGCCCAUGGGAUGUGGAGAGUCAUCAGGAUGUUCCGGUGGUAGAAAAAAGGAAGAGUGCAAAUGUAGGGACGGCCAAAGCAAAGCCAACUGAAGUCUGUCCAUGGGAUUUUGAGGCUUCAUUAGAUAAAAAAGAUACAGACAAAAGUGCUUCUCCCGUGAAACAGAGCAAUCCCAGUCCUAAAGGCGGUGUUGUAAGUGCUCAAAAGGCAGACGUUUGUCCCUGGGACUUUGACGAUAGCACAUCAAGCAAGAAGGCAUGACCUUAAUGGACUAUUAAAAUGAUAGUUAUUGAUGUAUACUUUUUUCACUCUGAAAUUGUUAAAUAUAAUCUUUUAUUAUAAGUGCGGUGACUUGGAAGAAAAGUUCAAGAUCAAGUUCCACGAGUUGCCUUCCUUUAUGAGUUUUUUUUCCCGUUUUACCUAUUUUCAAAAUAAGUAAAAUGUAAAAAAACAAUAAAGUCAUGACAAGCAUUCCAGAUUAUUACAGGAAGAUCCUGAGGAUAACUCUUAGACUAAUUAUGCAACUUUUGAUUCAGCCUUUUCACUUCAUUAGCAAUGUUGAAAAUCUACAUAUAUCAUGUUCUCUAUUCGGUCAACAAUUCUUGGUGGUUGUUUUGUGCAUUAUCAUCAUCACUUAUUGGACUAAGAUAUGACAUGAUCUGUAGGGGAAAAAGAAGUAUGAAAUUAAGGUCGAUGUACAAAACAGCAAAAGUGAAAGCCAAAGAAUAAGGAAACAAUUGCAAAGAGCGUUAUUGGUCUGUCGGCGAUAAAGUUAAAUUAUUAUUUUGUGUCUACUCCUCGGCACAGAGGGAGGGACUCCCAGUAUAUAAAACAGUAUAUAGCACUUUAGCCAACCUAAAUUGAGAACUGAAAGCGGACUCUGUUCUUUUUGUACAUUUUGUCUUCUUAUUUUCAACUUCAUGGCAUGAUGUCACAUACCGACCAAACUUAGUUUUUGUUUAGAUCUAUUUAAUUGUAGUUCUCAGCAGAUUAAAUUGCUUCCAAGUCUGCAGAGAUGUACUGUAUGUGCCUAACUAACUAGCAUUGUCUUGUAUCAGCCUGAAGCGAAGCAAAAUACUUCUUCUUCAGCACUUUGUGACGGUGAAUUAUAUAAACAGCAUGCACAGCCAAGUGUUGAGACUAGUUGGACCCUUCUGGUUUGUCAACUAAAGCAGUUUAUAUGUUGAGAAAUAUAUAAUGUUUUUUUUUUAUAUAUAUAUACCAGAGGCACUCCUUUUACUGCUUUCCUAUUUCCAGACGCUCAUUCAGGAUGGUGGAGAUUAUAUGAGAGCAGCAUUAACAUGAAUGUGUGUCAAAAUGGCUCAUAUGUACACUGUAAAAAGUAGGGAUAGAAAUACUGGGGCAAUACUGAGGGAACAAUUUGCACCAGCUUUGUUUAUGAAUCCAGCAUGGAUCAUUUUGUUGGCUUGAACCAAGUAUGUGUGUUUGUGUAUGGACACAAUAUCAUGAAUUUAAAGUGUAAAUGUGAUUCUGUAGCUGAACCUCUGAUGUAUCAUACAAGAAGAAGCUUUAACUCACUAAAAACCCAACAAUUAAAUGGUUUUCUAAACGGUAAUUAACAUAUUUUACCAACAGCAACAGCAAGUAAAGCUACUGCUUUGAAGGGUAAUAGUGGUUUAUUAUAACUUGGGUUUUAUUUUCCUAAUUAUGGCCAUCAUUCCAACCAAACAUUUUGAGACCUGGAACCAAAGCAACAACACUAAAACAAAGUUGUAUGUGGGCAUGAAUACAAACAAAGGCUAACAAUAAAAUACACUUAUAUCCAACCUUUUGUUUACCGACCGACUUUCUGGUUAGAAUUUGACCUACCAUUGUUACCGUAGUUGUGUGUGCAUACAGCCAAUGGGACUUCAGUGAUGUAUCCUUGUUUCCAGAUUUUAGCUUUUACUUUGUCAUAAUUACCAAAAUAAAACCCAAUCUUUUGGAGAUCAAAACUAUCCUUUGAUAUUUUAAGAUAAAAUAUUACUAUACGACCGAUGGCGAUAACAAGCACUACACUGCCAUCACUUUUUGAUUUGCAUUUCUGUACGGAAAUUGAAUGCAUGCUCUUCCCAGUUUAAUUCAGGUUUGUUGAUUAGUUGAGAUUACCUUUUAGAAUUAAGUCAACUAAUAAUCUGACAAAACUUUUUGAGGAUUUGUAUUUGUUUAAUGUUUUGUAUCAAAAUGUCUAAAUAUUCAUCACGCACUAUCCACGUGAAAAAAGGAAUCUCCCACUUAAAUUUAAAAUGACCGUUGAACACUUGCUAAUAAUUGCUACCUUGCAAAAAAACAUAUAUCAAUAGCAUCCACGGUACUUUAUGGUAUUACUAUUUUGUGAGAAAUACAUGGUAACACUGAAUGUUGUCACUGAUUGUAAUUAUAAUUUCUGUCAAAUUCCUUAAUAUCCAAGCUCUGUAGUAUUGUGAUUCAAAAAACAAGUCAUAUUUGACAAAACAUACUGUAGGUCUUCAAUUGCUUCAUUUCUUUGGCACAAACAAAAAAUAGAACAGUGAAAAUUAUAUUUUUGAAUCUAAUUUUGUUCUACAGCUUGCCUCUAUCAACAUGAUGUAGAUGCUACGACAUACAUCUCUGAAAAAUUACCCAUUGACCUAUUGGGGUGUCAUCUGAAAUAUUUCAAAUGUGUAGUGUUUGCCUUACAACGUGAGAUGUGUCAUCCCCCCUUGCUUUAUGAGCUCCUAUAGGAACGGUGUCUGAGAAGAACUGUCAACGUGCAUGGAUUGAUUGUAAUGAUUUGAUGGAUCUAUGUGAUAUUUAUGAGCCAGAUGUUAAGCGUCAUCCAUCAUAUGCAUUGUGGUAGUAGAUUAGGGGCCAUACCAAGAGACCCUGUAUGACAAGAACGACAUUUCAAAAGCCUUUUCUUUUUUUUUAAGUCACUUUGGAAUCACUGCCGCAUUGGAUUUGUACUGCCCUGGUGAUGGACAAUAUGCUGUAUAUUUUUAUCCUUGUAGGAAAGCUAUUUGAAAUGAGAAGAUGUGUUUAUUUCUUGAUAUUCAUUUUGAAGACGACUUUAAAUGAGCUCAAACAGGCUUUAAAACAACUAUGAUUUUCAUGAAAUUCUAAUAUUUGUUGGUAAUUUGUAUAACGACAAAAGACGGUAUUUUUUUCUCCAUUUAAAAAUGUACUUUUCAAGGCAUUUAUUGAUUAACUUUACACACUGGGCCCAUGAGAUUUCCAGAUUAGAGCUGGAGCACAGAAGAAACAUAAUAACACUUGUACUGUCUUAGAGCAGAAGAUAAUAAUAUCACAAUAUCCAACAAUUUCACCAUGUAAUACAUCAUAUUACAAUCAGUCUUCUUUGUUGUUCCAUUUACAUAAUUCCAGUAUGCUUCCUUGAGCAUUCCUCAGUUCAGUCAGUCUAUGUAUACUUACUUGUGUAUACAUAACCAGUGUACGUUACUCUGGAAAUUAUCGUUGUCUUUUGGCUGUAUCAUAUGAAUCCUUGAAAGUAUGAACCUCAAAUGGAGCCAUUUGUAUUUUACCACCUUAAGAUAGAUGACACUGUGUCCUGUAGCUCUUUGUCCACCAAUCAGAUCCUUUACCAUUGUUGGCUAGCUGAUUUCAUUUAAACCUGACUUCUCCUCUCUUGUGACCAAACCAUGUCACCCGAUGGCAACACAACUACUAUUGCUACUACUACUAUUAUUCAAUGCUGUAACGUCGUAAAUCUUGCUCUUGUGGCUUCUGCAUGAAUUGAAGAAAAAAUAAAUAAUAGGACCGAUGUUUCACUGCCCUUGAUAGAACAAAAAAGAAAAAAAAUUGAUCUUUUAUGGACUGUUACAAGUUGUAUAGUGAGUGAUACUGUCCCUAACCCACUGUAUUAUGCUUGUUAUAACUAUUGCUCUAUGACAAGCUUAUAGCAUCAAUAUAUGGGAACAUUUGGUAGAUUUAUAUUGUGUUAUAUUGUGAUAGCAUGUACAUAAAAGAUACCUCCUCUGCAAUAAAUA